UAGAAGUCUAGACGUUUAUUAGUUACCUCAGUCCGAGUACAAAUACGCAGUUAUUUACUUCAAGAUCGAAGAUGGCCAUGUCUUUGUCACUCUCAGCGUUCCUCCUGUUGGCACCGUUGCUGUUUAAGGGUCUCUGGGUCAGUGGCUCCCCGGGCUGCGCGUCUUGCAGGUUGUCAGCGAUGGAUAAGGACGCAGAGGAAAGGAUGAUGAUAGAAUUCGCCAAGCAGCAACUUUUGGACAAACUGCACCUGAAAGAGAAACCAAACAUCACUCACACCGUGCCCCGGGUCGCGCUCCUCACGGCGCUGCGCAAACUUCACUCGGGGCGCGUCAGACAGGAUGGUACCCUUGAACUAGAAAACAAUAUACCAACCAGAGAUCAAGCCUAUGAAAUAGUGAGCUUUGCAGAUCUAAAUGAUGCAAAGAGCAGUGACAAGGCAAGCGUUAGCCUUACCUUUCAGUUUCUGCAGGAACGUGGCCAAAGUAUCCAGGUCCUCCAGUCCUCUUUGUGGAUCUAUGCCCGUGCCUCUGAGGACCCACAACGGAACUCUCGUCUCCUUGCCCAGGUUUUCCUCUCCGUAGAUGGUGACAUCUCAGGCUCUAAUCGGACCUUGGUGAUGGAAAAGAUGUUGCACGUCAAGGAGAGUAACUGGCACACUUUCUCUGUCACCCACACCCUGCAAACCUUCUUGGACGGGGGCCAACAUCGGCUGCAGCUGGAGGUCACCUGCGAAGAAGACGGACAGAACCUUUGCUCCCUAGAUGGCUCUGCUGAAACCCCCUACCAGCCCUUCCUGGUGGCUCAGGUGCGUCUCCGUGAUGACCACUCCAAGCAUUUGCUCAGGAAGCGCUCAGUGCGUUGCGGUGACGAUGUAACAGUCUGCUGCAAGAGAGACUUCUACAUCAAGUUUAAAGACAUCCAGUGGGAUGAGUGGAUCAUUGCGCCUGAAGGCUACCAUAUGAACUACUGCAUGGGACAUUGCCCCCAACAUCUGUCCGGUUCCCCAGGUAUAGCAUCCUCAUUCCAUGCCACUGUCUUCAGCCAACUCAAAGUCAAUGGUAUUAACACAGCUACAGCCUCAUGCUGCGUUCCCACAGAGCGUCGACCACUCUCCAUGGUUUACUUCAACUCUCAGCACAGCAUUGUCAAAACAGAUGUCCCUGACAUGAUAGUGGAGACCUGUGGAUGCACAUAA